UCAAACUAUCAGAGCACAUAUGGUACUCACUCACCUCCUCUGCUCCCUCCUCCUUGCCACCGCAUUGCUGCUGCUCUCCAUCUCCCGUACAGAUGCGGGCGAGAUCGGGGUGUGCUACGGGAGGGACGCAAAGGACCUGAUCGACCCACCGGCGGCGGUGAGCCUUCUGAAGGCGAACGGCAUCUCCGCGGUGAGGAUCUUCGACGCGGACCCGACGGUGCUGGCCGCGAUGGCGAACACCGGCAUCAAGGUGAUGGUGGCGAUACCCAACGCCGACCUGGCUGCCGCCGGCCAGGACCUGCGCAGCGCGACCGACUGGGUGGCGAGCAACGUGGCGCCGUACCGCAGCCGGGGCACGCUGAUCAGCGGCGUCGCCGUCGGGAACGAGGUGUUCAGGCAGAGGCCCGAGCUGACCGGGGCGCUCGUCUCGGCCAUGCGAAACGUGCACAGGGCGCUGGAGAACCUGAACCUGGCGAACGACGUGAAGGUGUCCACGCCGAUUGCCUUCGAUGCGCUCAAGCAGUCGUCCCCUCCAUCUGCGGGGGAGUUUAAGGAUGAGAUCGCGCAAUCGGUGAUGAAGCCCAUGAUCGACUUCUUGAAACAGACCGGCUCGUUCUUCAUGGUCAAUCUCUACCCGUACUUCGCGUACGUGGCUCAGCCGGACAAGAUCUCUCUCGAGUUCGCGACGUUCCGCCCUAAUGCUGGUGUGCUCGAUGGCAAUACCGACAUCAGGUACUUCAGCCUCUUUGAUGCUCAGCUCGACGCUGUUUACGCCGCGAUAAACAGGGUUUCUGGUGGUAGCUUAACGGUCUCAAUGGCUCGACGAGAUGGAAUCCUUAGUGUGCAAGCUUCGGAAUCAGGGCACCCCUCUGGAGGUAGAUUUCCCCUAUCUUCCAUGCUAGCUGCAGCCGAUACGGACUCGGUGGCCACGAUAGCCAACGCCCAAGCGUACAACAAUGGGCUUAUCAGACGUGUUGUAUCCGGAGCCUCCGGUAUGCGUGACGUCUCCGCCUACAUUUUCUCUCUUUUCAAUGAAAACGAGAAGCCUGGACCAACCAUAGAGAGAAACUUUGGCUUGUUCUACCCAAAUGGUCAGAAGGUGUAUGAGGUUGACUUUCGGGGCGGUGGCGGUGGCGGAGCUUGUCCUACAAAGACGAGUUGGUGUGUGGCGAGAGCAGAUGUUGGGAGUGCAGCAUUGCAGUCAGCGUUGGACUUUGCGUGCGGUAACGGCGCGGACUGCAGCGCUAUCCAACAGGGCAGUGUGUGUUUUGAGCCAAACACCUUGGUCGCACAUGCAUCGUACGCAUUCAAUGACUACUACCAACGCAAGGGCCAGGCUAGCGGCACUUGCGACUUCUCUGGCGCCGCUUCCAUCGUAUUCAAGCCAUCACCAAGCAUAUGUGAUCCGAACCCAAGUUGGUGUGUUGCGAAAUCGGAGGUCGGGGACGCACGGCUGCAAAAUGCACUAGACUAUGCAUGUGGUAGCUGUGCGGACUGCAGCGCCAUUCAACCAGGUGCACAGUGCUUUGAUCCUGACACUAAGGUGGCACACGCGACCUAUGCAUUCAACAAUUUUUACCAGACCACCGGUCGGGCUAGCGGAUCGUGUGACUUUGCGGGUGCUGCUUCUAUUGUCAACCAGCAACCAAAAAUAGGAAACUGCGUGCUCCCACCAAACAAUGCUUGGACGACAGAACAAACUGCAAUUGAAGAUCAAUCGACUGCAAACUUACCAGCAACAGCUUGGCAGUGAGGAUGGAUUAAAGAACCACUUCAUAUUUUUCUGCAAAGAAAAAAUAAUGGUACCAUUAAUAAUUAGUUGGGAUUGAAGAGACGAAUAAAUGUACCGUUCACUCCUGUUGAAUGAAACCCCGCUGUUGCACAUUUCAGAGAA